AUGGAAGAGAAUAAAGUUCAAAAAUUAGAUAGAAAUAGGUCUAUUAAUCAUUUAACUCAACUAAAUGAAGAAAUUCCAAAGUCUAGCCAUCUUAAUGGCUCAUCCGAGAAAACUUCUAAAGCAAAUUCAGCAAAUACAAAUCAUUCAACCGAUAAAUCUACUGAAAUUAAAUUUCAAUCUAUAACAGAGAAAACCUUAAAGCAAUCAUCAGAAACGAUACUUGAUUUUUCCCCAAUUACUCAGCAACCCAUGGUAAAUUUUAAUGUUUCCAUUAAGGGUGUUUCUUGUUUGGACUAUUCAGAAUCAAUCAUAUGGAUGCCUAAAUUUUCUGAAGUAGCUACAUCUGCGUCUUGUACCCCUGGCUUAGAAUGUCUAUCACAGCUUGAUCAAGUUCUAAUUCAUCCUAUAAUUGACAAACUUGAAUUAUUAUCAGCUACUAUUCAAAGUAAAUACGACAUCAAAAAUAAAGACGGACAAAUGAUAUUUAAAGGCAUUGAGGAUAUUUCAGCAAGUUUAAUCAGAUAUUCUGGAUAUGAUUGCAUCGCCAUCGAUCUCUAUGACUGCUAUCAAACUAAAGUUCUUCGCAUAUCUCGUACUACAUCCGAUAAUUUAUGUUUUGCAACCAAUUUCUACAAUCUAAAUAUAAUUAGCCCACCUGAGAAUAUAAUUGGUGGCCUUUCACAUCAAAUUAAUACAGAAUUGCUUAAAGAAAUUAUUCAUAAUGGAAAUAACGUAGGUAAUAUUACAAAGCAAACGCCAGAAAAUGGGAAUCUAGUUGGCAAUGUAGAAGUUAAUUGUAAGUUUAUUUGUGGGUAA